AUGACGAAUAAUAUCGUUUCCAUCAAUGAAAUCGAUCUCAUCGAUCGAUGCAUAACUAUUCUGCAAAAUAAUGGUGUUAUUGCAGUGCCGACUGAUACUAUUUAUGGGUUCGCUGCUUUAGUUAGUAGCGAACAAGCAGUUCGUCGUAUAUAUGAAAUCAAAGGUCGAUCAUUCACUAAACCAUUAGCAAUAGCUGUUGGUGAUAUUGAUGAUGUUUUAACAUGGUCAAAACCAACAUUAACUAAAGAACAAUUAUCUACCGGAGAUCUACUUCCUGGUCCAGUUACUCUUAUGUUUGAACGACAAGCAUCAUUGCCAUCGUAUUUCAAUCCAAAUGUAUCUAAUGUCGCAAUUCGUAUACCUGAUUGUCAAUUUAUGAUCGAUUUAGCUCGACGUUUGAAACAACCGAUUGCAUUAACUAGUGCUAACUAUUCGAAUGAUCCAAGUUCGAUUUCUAUCGAAGAAUUUCAAUCGUUAUGGCCUCAAUUGGACUUAGUUGUUGAUGCUGGUGUGUUAGCAUCGAAUGAUCGACGCGGAUCAACGAUUGUAGAUCUAUCACAAAAGAGCUAUUUUCACAUACAACGACAUGGUAUCGAUUGUGAACGUAUUGUUCGAUAUUUAAAAGAUCAUUGUCAUUUACAAGAACAGCCAGAUGUUUUAUGA